UUGCGCCCUCUCGCCCUCUAGUGGAAGGAGGCUGUAACUGCGUGAGCUGAACAUAACAGAACAGAACAGUAGCUGUGGGAUUUAACGCCUGUGUAACCGGUGGAUUUCUGUGUCGUUGCUCUGCUUUUCUUCUGAGGAACAUUAUUAUUAUUAUUUUUACAUCGAUAGGUAUGCCCGACAUGUUGUACAUUCAGCUGAUUAUUUGUGGCAGUUAUAGCUCAAGCGCACCCUGCUAGUGUAUGUUAGCAUGGUGACUGCUAGUUAGCCGCAGGCUAGGCUCAGGGUUUGUUAUACUCUGUCACCUGUGCUCAUGAGAGCUAACACGCCAAUAGGACCGCGUAUUUCAAGCAAGAAAUCAACAAUGCAGCUUUGUUUGGGUGAAUUAAGCUCUUAUUAGCGUGGUUUCGGAUCAAAAUUAGUAUUUUGUCUAAUUAUUUUGAAUCACGUUUUGUGUGACGUAAUUCAAUUACUCCGCAUCACUUGCUUGCAAAUCGUAAUGCAAAACUCCCCCUGAAAUAUCGUUUAUUUUCUUUCGGCAAUUUUACAGGUAGUACAAAUAAACUGACCAUAUUUUACGUGAAUCAUUAUGUUUCUAAGGUAAAUUCGGCGUAGCUCUGAAUUGUGUUUUGUGUACACAACUAAAAUGAUACAGUUGAAAUUGGCGUGUCUCAUAUUACUCACUAAUACACAUAACGGCGUAUGUAAGCAGAAAAGUUCAUAGGAGUCUAGUUGGAGAUAAUGUUUCAAGCAUUUACACGAUUGGAAGUUAUUUUAUUUAUGUACAUGCAUACUGCAUUCCUUUUGAUUAGAUAUAUUUCUAUUGUUAAAAAAAAAUAUUAGGCUAUAUCAAUCACUUCAAUAUUUCACAUUUUCUCUGUUAUGCAGUGUCCUUGGAAAUCGCAGCCCUGCAUUCCAAAAGGGAAGACGAGUACUUCACCAUGAGCUCAGACGAUGGUGAUUUAACACACAAAGACACAGAUGCAUGCUCACAAUUCCUCCUCAGCUCAUGAAAGAUUAUUUGCUACACGUAUCUGAAGUCAGACUCUGAUUUACAAGCAAAGGCUGGUGCUUCUUUGUGGAUUGCUAAUAAAUCUAGCAUUUAUUGCUAUUGAUUUUUUUUUUCUGUUUUCAGUUUAUUUUGUUAAUUUACUGUCUAGUAGAAGUACCUUUUGCCUUGUUUCAAAAUAAGGAAUGAAACAGCAUAUAAGAUUAGGUAGUAAAAAAGGGCAACAUAACAUUUUAUGAGGCAGUCUUUUCUUUAAAACAUGAACAUUUACUCAGUUACUCAGUCAGCACACCCUGUAUUGCAAAUCUAACAUGACAAAUCCUACUGUGAGUUGAAAUUUUUAUUAGUGUACAUUGUCUAAAUGUCUGUUCCCAUCUCUCUAGGUGACAUGGAGAACCAGGCUGAGCUGGAAGAGAAGACGAGACUCAUCAACCAGGUGCUGGAGCUUCAGCACACUUUAGAAGGUGCCCACAGAUGCAUGCACCCACAGACACAUAACGCUCAGAUUGUUGUUUUUGCAAGAUGAAACAUACUUCUUCAACCUCCUUUAGUAUUGUUUUAACCUGAUUUAACCUGAUAACCUGUUUUAACCCGGUUCUAACAGCAAUGCUGACUUCAGUUGAUUGAAAAUAGGUUUUCUGAGAGAGUUUUGGGCUGGUUCUUCCGCUGUGAAAUACGACGUCAUCUUUUACACCAGAUACUGACAGCGCAUGCAAGGCGUCUAUGUCUGUCACUUUCACUGUUAUGUUUGGCAACUUCAAGCUGUCAGCUGACAUGAGCUGCUUGACUGUUCUGAAGGGGCAGCAGCUUCACCUUGAUAGGUGAAUGGUAACUUGCCUGAUGAGUGCUUGCAUUCACCAUAUUUCAUUUCACAUGGAUCUUCGAGCAGAGUUUGUAUACUGGCUGGUUUUCCUGCUGUAUUUGUCUGAAAGCCAAAAUGCCACUAAAGGAGAAAAAUUACAUUCAGUUUAGGUACCCUUGUAGUUGCUAUUGUUUCUGCAUUAAGUGAGUUAAAGUGAAGUGAGGUAAAAUAGCCCACCAUGCUGCACAGUUGACCUGUUAUUACCUCAGUGUUUCGUUUUUGCAGUUAUCCUGAUAGCACUAUCCCUGGAUGACCAAAAAAGUUUGAUUUUCAGCUUGUUGGAUGCAAGAGUGUUGCAUCAAGCACUGUUAUUAAACAACACUUACUUAACCUGACCCUUUCUGGUUGUUGCUUUGCAUCAGUAACUGUCUGCAGUAAGAGACUGAGGAUAUAUGAUGGCUUUCUCCUCAGUAAUUCAGUGUUGGGAAAUGAUGUUGUAUCCACUCACAGCUUGAAAAACACUUGACAUUAGGUAAUCAAUUUUAUCAUUGGUUUUAGUCUACAGUAGCUUAUUGUUGCACCACUGUGGCUGGUAAGACUUGAAUCAAACCAGAGUUGCAUCAUCAACUUUACAUGAGAAGUGAAGUGUCCUAUUUUGCAUUUUUUCUAUUCUUCUCUUUAUCAUCAUUGUCAUCUGUUACAACCAUACCUUGAUUGUAACAAGUGGUUAUCAUAAUGAUAAUUUAUCAUAAUUAUCAUCAUUUUUCAUUUAUUAUGAUAUUUUUUAAGCUUAAGUCUGUGUUUUUUGUUCAGAUCUAUCUGCCAGAGUGGACGCUGUCAAAGAGGAGAACCUGAAGCUGAAGUCAGAGAACCAGGUUCUGGGUCAGUACAUUGAGAACCUCAUGUCGGCCUCUAGUGUCUUCCAGACCACCGACACCAAAAGCAAAAGAAAGUAAGGAGAAAUGGAGAGUCUGACCCAGAACCCCCUCCCUUAUGCACACUCACACACACACUCAUGCAAUCACAUUUAUACAAACACACACAUUCCUAGACCUAAACCCAGACAGCCCUGGAUGAUUGCACUCUGAACUUUAACCUCAAGUAUCCUCUAUCUCUUUAUGGAUACCUUCAAACUCUGUUCACACCUGAAAUUAGGAUGCAUCCUUAUGGUGUUGAAUAGGAUCCUAUUUUUUCCUCUAUUUGAAUUAAGAUGUUCAAUUUAAACACAAAAAGGAUCAAUUCAAAAAAGUAUAAUGGUCCAAAAUUCAAACUUUUUAACUCGCUGACUGAGGGCACAGGAAAACCCUAUCUGCUCAUCAUAAUUUUUACUACUACUCGUCUGUUACAGUCUGUUUUCCCGAGAUAAUAAGGCUUUAUGUUGAAUAUAAACUUAGGUAGAGCAAAAUCUGCAACAAAACUACCGUCACUGGCGAAAGGUGAAUUAAUUUAAACCCAAAUAAAGCCGGUAUUUCAACUACAAAGAUCACUCAGGAAAAUCAGUCUCUGGGGAAACAAAGAUUUGUAAACUAAUGCUCAAAAGACAUCCAACACAAACAUCUAAUGUUUACAGAUUUAAAUUAUUAUCAUUAUUGAGCAAACUGGUCAUCUACAGUCUUUUCUUUUUGUAAAAUUACACAGAUUAAAUCCCCUAAAUUUCUAUAAAUGUCAAAUAUAUCUAUAGAUGUCAAGUAUUUGAGAGAAGGUGCAGCUCUGCACUCACCAGUGUAUGGUGACAUUUCUAUCACGUUUCCGUACAUCAGCUCGGCCCACAAAGUUUGAAUAAGAUGACACUGGAGAGCCAGAGAUUGGCGUUGUUUGGUAUAAAAAUCCAGCAUCGAUUCUUUCCUCUUAUGAAACUACUGCUGUGAUUUCAAUGUUUACCUGAAAUAUGGCGCUUAGCUGUCUAAGAAUUACUCGUCAGUGUUGAUUGAUGCAUUUCUAGAAACACUAUUUUUGAUAAACAAACACCAACUUGCAGAGUUUUGAAACAGAACUCACACGUUUGAUGUCAGUAUUUACUGUCAGUCAUGUAAGAAAUUGUAAGAAGGAGAAAAAUCAUGUUGAAGAAGAAAAGUCAAUCAAAUGUGUGACUGUAUCGUUCAGGAUAUUAAGACUUUAUAUAGACGUCAUAUAGAAAACAUUAUAUACAACGCAUGUCAUUAAUAGAGCGGUGAUUACAAGGUCAGCCAUGCAAGUUUGUGUUUCCCAUAAAGUCAAGUCCUCGUCUGAGGUGUGAGCUGUCAAGAGUCCUGCCUGCAGCCACACUUGUUUUUCCAAUGCGCUCUCUUUUGGUCAGCCAUUAGUUUCACCAGUACUUUAUGUCUGCAGAACCAUAGGCUGCAGUCUUAGGACCAUAAUUCUGGGACCACAUCUCAGGAGUGUUAUUAAGAUAGCUAUGGAAAGGGUCCUGAAUCUGCAGCCUCUGGGUCUGCAGACACAUGCUGCCUAAUUUCAGGUGUAAACAUGCCUAAAGCCUCACACGUCCCUCAGACUGCAUACAUGUGUCAUUCCUUAAUUUGUCCAGUAGGCGGCAGUCAGCUCUCUAUUUAGACCCUGGAAGUCAGUUUGAUCAAGAAGACUGACAGUUUUUCUCUUUCCAGCAGAAAUGCAUCUACUGGUUUUCUCACACAUUUAAAGAUACAACUGUCUUGAUUUCAGAUCUAAAUCUAUGAAAUGGCUUUCUGAACCUUGAGUAGCUCUUGACCAGGUGUUCACAUGUGUGUGGUUGUUCUUCCCCAAAAUAAUCCACCAGUUCUCAACAUACAGCUGUGAGGUGAAUUAGCAUCUUCUCUUUAGGUUUCUUAGACACUGCAACAAAAGUCAGUAUGUGCUUUGUUUUAGUUUACCUGCAGAAUUCUUUGAAGCAGUCCAGCAGUAAUUAAUCAAAAGGCGUCACAGAAUAAAGAAGAAAUGGCUUCAAGAAAGGAUUGAGAUCGCAUCAGAGUGGUAGAAAAGUCUUUGUGAUUAAAUUGGCUGAAAUGACUGAGUUAACAGAGUGUGUCUUGCAGUACAAAGCCACCCUCAAGUUGAGUCAUUUUACUGGCACUCAACAGCAACAUGCAAGAGACAACUUUCAGGUGGGUGAUGACCCUCUGAUCAACAAAUAAAUAUCAUAAGAGUUAUUUUACUCUCCUACUCUUUGAAAACCAACAUCAGAUGUUAUAUCAGUAAAAGUUCAGCUACAUUGAGUAUAAUAAAACCAUCAGAAAAAAUCAAGUAUUUUAACUAUUGUCAAAUUUAUGUAGCAACACAAAAAGCAGUAAGCUGCACGUCAACAACCAUUCCUGUCUCCAUCACCUUAUUGUAAGCAAAGCUCUGGCCCCAUGGCUCCAUGCUAAAAGCUAAUCCCACACUCUAAGCAGCACUGAACUACUGGGAGCUUUACCAUGUGCUCUUAUUUUGGCCAGUUUCCUGUUCCUCCAAAUCAUAUUGCAAUCAAAGUUUCAUUUCAGCACCAGGGUUCAGGUCAUGCAGAGACUAAUUAACUCAGUGGUGGUUUUGGAUGUUGAUCAGCUCACAGAGACGUUUUGAACUGGUGAUUUUGCCACUCCACUAUCCUAACCUUUACCCCACCCCUGUCCUCCAAACUAAACAAAUAAAAAACUAGAGUUAAAAUGUUUACGUUAAACAUCCUUUUUCUCCUCAUAAGUUACUGCUUCAGAUUUUAGCGGCAGGAGAAGACAUGAAGCAGAGCAGAGGAGAAUUUGGUUUUGUCAAUGAGGGUCACAAACCCCUUUUGCUUCUUUGACUUAUUUAUUAUUCAGUAUUGUUGCCAUUGCUGCAGAUCUUAAAUGUUUUUAUUGCUCAUAAUCUCUCUAAAGAGAGGGGUCUAUAGGCCCAGUUUGUGUCUGUUUUUAUGUCACUUUUUGUUGCUGCGUAUUUGCAUGAUGAGUGUAAAGACCAUUUUAACUACUCUCUUGUAGUUGAAAGCCAGCAUCAUGUGUCAAGAUAAUAACAUGUGCUAACAGUUAAACUCCUCCUUUAACCACUUACCAAUAUGCAUACUGUUGUUGAUACAGAAAUAUGAAAGAAUCCAUCUUACAUUUGAACUUUGUUUACAUGUUACUGUUUGUUUAUUUGUCGCUAAUUUGAACAGUUUUAAUAAAGUGAUGAUCCUUUUUGAUGAAAUGUUUGUCAGUAAUGUCUCUUUCCUCUUGUUUCAUAUUUCACACGCUUACAGAGUCACUAAGGAUGCUCGCAAGGACAAGUGAUGUUCUGCUUUGCUUCCUGCUUUUUGGUAUUUGGGAUUGGCAGUGUUAAUUUUGGCAGCUAUUUUAGAUUUAGUCUUUUGAUGGAAAUGCUUUUUAGUUUUAGUCUGUUUAAACCAUCGUUGUUUUAGGCUAGUUUUAGUCGCACAAAGUCUCCUUUUAGUCAAUAAGUAAGGAGUCGUUACGUUUUUGUCAUUUCUGUUUUUAAAGUGGGUUAACUAGUCAAUCAGAGAUUGUAAUUACCUAGCUAGAUGAUUUAGUUCAGACUAUCCUAUAAUGCAGUACUGCUGCGCAGUCCCUGCUUAUCUACCAAGUUAAUAUAGAGGAACGAUCCUCAAAACAAGUCAAGAAAUAAAACAAUGUAUUGCUGAAUCUCAGUGCUUCAUAUUUUCCCUUAACCUGGAGUUCUGAUGUCACCUAGAAAGUGAUUGAGUUCAUAAAGGCUCAAAGAGAUUUGAGCGCAAUGGGACAGCACUUUUAUACUUGAUGGCAUUGAGAAUUUGAUUCUACAUUAUUUUCUUUCAACAAAACCUUAAUAUAACAUAAGGAAAAUAAAUGAUUGUUCUGCUGCUCUCUGAGCAGAGGCAAAAAUUACCAACUGUUGAAGUUGUAUGAAACAAAGUAGGAAUUUGAUGUUUGAGUUUGUAAUUUGCAUUGAUAUUUCUGCAGAUGUAUCUCUGAUGUCAACCUGCAGACUUCAUGAAGCAUUGUUAGUUUUUGCUGCAUUUAGUUGUUUAGACUGUAUUUCUUUUAUUUCCUUCUUUCUGUAUGGUGGGGGAGAGAGGGGUGGUCUGGGCUCAGCCCCUUUAGUCUUUAAGUCCAGACACGCCCCUGGACAGACGCUUAUUUAACUGCAUCUGUGUCUUUAAUGAUUAAAACAUACUCUCUCUAACGUGUCUCCAAAGUAGGAUAAAUCCAGGUUUUGAAGUGGAGCUGUUCACUGUAAUAAUGGCCAAAAACAGCAAACAUGACAUGAAUCUGACGCCACCCUGUCAGAGCCUGAUAUGUAAUUUUUAAAAAAGGAAUAAAACCAAAUGUAACAAGUUGUUACAGUUGGGUCAAAAAAAUGUUUUGGGCACAGUCUCUUGUUACAUUUUGGGUUGGUUAUUACAUUUUAGGUUGCAAUAAAUGAAACCACAGGUAAAAAAAGAAUGACGCUGAUAUUAAACAUUUCAGAGCUGAAGUUCUUUUGUGUAUUUUUCUUUAUUUGAUAUGACAAAUACAGAAUGCAAAAGUGGCUAAAAAUAUAUUAGUUAAUAAAUAAUGGUAUUGAGAAAAUCUGAACAAUCUCUGAGAGAAGACAAGGGUUAAAAAAUCAUUCCUGAGCGUGUAACAGGGUCGUUCAGGAAAUUAGUCUGUCCCAGACCUGAUGACUUCAGGUGAAGCAUUUGUGUUUGAAUUUAACCCCAAAGAUGAUUUUCUCAUUGCACAGUCAUGGUCGGUUUGGGCACUUCAUGUGAUCCUUAUUUAAAACAAUAAAUUCAACAGGUACUGCAGUGUAAGUCUGUGUCCAGCAGGGGGAGCUUUUAGUCCAGAUUCUGGGCUGAGUGCAGUGUGUUUGGGUUCCUCCUCAGCGUGGUGGUCCAACUUCAAUGUGAAUCUAAUAGAGAAGGAAAAGAGUAAAUGUCAUUUACUCCUUAGCUGUUUUAUGACACACACACACACACACACACACAAAAACGAGGUCCUAAGGUAUGAAUGGAUUCCUACUAAAGUUCUGUGAGGUGAAGCAUUCAAAAUUACUUUAUUGAUCCCAAACUGGGAAACGAUGGAAUUUUAACUUUGUGAAAUCAUUGUGAUUCGAGUUCAUGGUCCCUGGUGGAAAUAGUUCCUCUCCUUUAGAUUUCAGCCUGAACCUCAACUAACAUAAAAAACAAACAUGAGGGCCUGUCACGGAUCUACAGCUCAUGACAGGGACAUGGCAAAUGUCAGUAUAUGAACAAACAAAGCCAUCCAUCUCCCCUUCUUACAGUCUUAGCAUCAGAGUUAAAUCCAGCUCUGAACUUCAUGUAAUAUGUGCUACCAUUUACUCUUUGGUUGCCCAACAUAAUCCUGUGUUGGGCGGCCAAAUUGACCCAAUCCUCUUCCUCAUCUGACACACUCUCUCUUCUCUAAUUUAAAGUCACAGUAUGAUCAGAUUAUUUCAUUGCUUUGAUACUCUCUGGACAUUGUCUGUAACACUGCACCCUGUGUUGUUUGUUCUUGUACGGAUAGAUUUCGCACUAAUAUCAAUCUGCACUGUCCUGCACACAUGUACAGCUUUUUAUGGCACAUUUUGUAAAUGUAUGGUUUAGAUAUAGGUCAAUACUGUUAGAGUACUUUGAAUGUUUUCUUUGAAUGUUUUUUUGUUUCUUUGUUUUAAAUGUGUGUAUACUGCUUUUUUUUUUGCUCAGCCUGAGAUUUAGGGUCCGGAGCUCUGACAUUCAGGGGGAGCUCAGAGUAGAGUCAAUACCCCUUUUGCAUCAGACAGAGUAAAUUGAGGUGGUGUGGGUAUCUGAGAAGGCUGGUCCUCCUGAACGCCUCUCUUUAGAGGUCUUCUGGGAAGGUCAAACCCAGACUUUGGGUCAAACCCAGACUGCACUGAAGGGUUUAUAUAUCCCACCUGGCUUGGGAACACCAUGGAAAGCAUUGCUGUGAUGAGGGAUGUGUGACCUAGCUCAGGAUGAGGGGAAGAGAAUGGACGGAUGGAUAUCUUUAUUUCUGUUAUUCAUUGUCUUGGCACCAAAACACCAAGACAAAUCACCUAUGUGUUCUGCAAUAAACCCAGUUCUGAUUCAGGUUUGCAGAAUAUUGUAAAAUGUCGGGUGUGGCUAAUAUGUUGUGUUCACACCAGAUGAAAUUAAAAUUAAUUUCCUUGCUUCAUUUGUGCGUAUUUGAUCACAUGAAUGUUUUGUGUUUACUUCUUUAAUUUGUAGGAAUAACUUGCUCCAAGACUAAGCAAAUGUCGUGCAUAGGAUUUAGUGCUCCUUUGGUGCCAAUCAUGCCCAACAAGAACUCACAUCUUAACAUCAACUUCACAUGUAACUUUAUUCACAUCCAAUGCAAACUUAAGAGUUACUUUUGGCUGGGCUCAACUAAUGCAGGUUGUAAGAGGACUGCAAACUAGGAAUAGACCGAUUUAUCGAUUUAGUCUAUUACUGGCAUUUGUACAUAUUGGCAUUUGCCCUCAGAUGGCUGACGUCAUCUUUUCUAGCAGCACAUUUUGCCUAUUGCUCAUGCGUGUAAAGCUUAAAAAAACAGCCUUUAACUACUGUUUUAGCAUUGUAUCUUUUUUUUUAGAGUAAUAUUUAGUAUUUUAGGCAAAACUAGCCAUAUUAAGCAAUCUAUAGCACAACAUCUGCCUCUCUCCAAUGAUUUAUUUAAAAUCCAUAGUACAUAGUACUAUGAUAACAAUUCAGUUAUGAAUGUGUUUGCAAUAAUAAGGCAGAGGUAUAAAGGGAGGUGUCAUGUAAACUCCCUUUAGUUCCUUCAGGGUUAUGUAUAGUUAAACAAACCUUCCUCCCCAAGUAUGAAAAACAUGUGGCUGUACUGGUACAAACUCAUGUAAGCAUGUCUGGAAAUCACCUGACAUGGUUUCAGAAAUGGAAAACUUCUGCCUACCCUUUUUUUUUUUAAGAGAUCUGAAUAUUCAAACGCUUCUGUGUGACAGCUCAGACGUUACAGAGGAUAAUGAAAAAUACCUAACAACAUGAACAUAGUCUACAAUGGAGAACACACAUAUGAACACACACACUCAUGUCGUACCUCACUCAGCAAAGCCCAGACAGCAGCGUGGGAGUGGACGACCAGACGGAGAGCAGAGAUCGGCCGCAGGGAUUCUUCAAUCUCACCUUCGGCCAACCCAUUCUCAAACGCACCUGAAUCAAACAUACAGACACACAUUCAUUAUUUUCUUACCUGCCUGCAAAAAUAGUGUUUAAACUGUUUUUUUUAAUUUUUUAUUAUUAUUUUAUCAUAUGAACACUGAGAUUGCAAGAGUCUAAUACCGCCACAUUUAAACGGACCUAACCCUGCUUCUCUCUGAUGACAGGUCUUGAAGUUUCUGGAGUGUUAAACUGCAGGAGGUGAGUUUCACCAGAUUCUAAACCCAGUAAAAGUUAAGUGAGUGAAAAUACUUUAUAUAAGCGAACUCUUGCAUUGAAUUCAGUGAAAGUAAGAGUUUUAAAAAGGGAUAAAGUGGUGUGAAUGUGUGACACAGUGUUAAGUAUUGACACAAAAUGUGUUUGUGUAAAUAUCACAGAUGAAGAAAUAUCAAUUUGAAAUCUAUUAAAGGGCAAACAUGUUUAAGGAACAGGUUUGAGUCUUCCGGACGAGUGUAGAAGAAUCUCUUCAUAUAUUUAGGUUAAGAAAUAUAGAGUAACUAUCUUUUAAUAAGGAGUUACAAAUAAUCUAGGUUGGCCUGCUUAUGCAGCCUCAUGACUCUGAGGUUUGUAAGCAAGGCUGUCUUGCAGCUACCAGAACUAUCUGUCUGUUGGAACAUUUAAUCUCUGCCAGAGAUAAGAUGAGUCUAAACAACAAGGGCGUAGGUUUGCAUAGGGAGGGUAGAGACAUAACACAACCAACUUUUCAGGGUGCUCAAAUUGUCCCCACCAACUUUUAAGCAACCUUAUUUGCAUUAUAUAAUGAGUGCAGUUAUAUAGGUAAUUUAUAUUGUCUUCCCAUAUUUUGUAAGGAUAGAAUCGACCCUACCAUUGUUAAGUGAAUUAUUUUCAUUAUGUUCUGACUUACAUUUACCCCUUUUCACUUGUUGAAUGUGCCAGUCCAUUUUUUUUUCCUCAAACAUGUGUUUGAGGAUGUCCCCCCCCCCCCACACACACACACACACACACACACACACACACACACACGCCCGCACCUAACAUCAUAAAAGGGAGUAGAAGAGAAAGCAUCCCUCUGUCUUGGUCGAGACUCUGUUUGUCAUCUGUACUGAUUUCUACAUCUGUACAAUAAAAGACGCCCAGGCUGUUCUUCAGAUCUCAUCCUGUCUCCUGUGCAUUGUUUUACUGAGUUUAUGUUGGAUUUUCCACAACACAAGCUUUAUCUGUCCUCUUUCAUGAGCAGCCAUCGCACUUCAGCCUUCAGGUGUGUGAAACCAAACAUCUGUAGCUUCAGAGGAAUGUGA